GCAACAUGUAAAAGUUAAAUUUUUCUGUUUUGAAUACAAUUUUAAUUUGACAAUUAGAAUUUCACUAUUACCAUUAAAUAAUAACGUUGACAAGCAAAAGUAUAGGAAAUCCUGUAUUUCAUCUUUAGUGUAAUUUAUAAACGAUAUAAAUAUUUUGAAUGUUAUUCAACUACAUAGUAUUGUCUUUUAAGUGUUUUAAAUUUUGGUUUCUUUUAAAAAUGUUUGACAUUGCCAUUGAAAUUUUAGUAAUUUGUGUUUCUUUAUUCACUAUAAUUUGUUCUCUUAUGUUGUAUAUUUUAUCAAAACAAAGACAUGAUUCUUCAUUCCUCCUUAUGUUAGAUGAAGCUCUAGAAAAUAAUGAUGUAACCAGUUGCAUUUUACUGUUAAAAAAAUAUCCCUAUCUUGCAAAUAAUAGUUUUAAAGAUGGCUAUACUCCUUUCUUGAGAGCUUGUUUGUUUGGAAAUACCCAAGUUGUUAAGUACAUGCUGGACUUCUGCAAAGUAGAUAUUAGAAAAUGUACUUCAAACAAAGAGUCAGCCUUUUAUUUGGCAGUGUAUGAGAGAAUAAAAAAUAAAUCGAGCAGAGAUGCUUCAUGCAUCCAUACUUUGUACCAUGCAAAUGCUGAUAUAAAUGCUGCUACUGUUCAUGGUUACAGUCCCAUUCAGUUGGCUGCUAUGUUUGGUCAUACUUCAUUAGUAAGAUGGCUUUUGACGAAGAAUGUAAAUAUGAACGUUUUUCCGAGUCCUUAUAUUUUGGCUAAAUCACAAGGCCAUCACGAUACUGCCAUGGUCUUGAAAAAUGCUAAUUUGAAAGCAAUAGAAUAAAUAUAUAAUUGUAAUUAAAAUAUGUAUUAAACUGUUGUCAGGUUAAAUAAUAAAUAAACUUGAUUUUAAAAGUGAGGUUUCUAGAAUAAUUUGUAUUUAUUGUUUUGCUGGGGAGUUCAUUCGUCAUUAGAAACAAAAUUUAAAUCUGACAAUUCAAUUUUUUUAUUAAUAGUAGCUUUUGCCUGUAACUUCGUUCGUGUACAUCGGUCUGUAAAAUAGGCUUAUAUAUUAGAAUAUCUGGGAACAUUAAUGACAAAUUUACAAGCAUCCACACAUGUCCAUUAAAAAAAAUUAAAAACACGGUCGGUCCAUACAGGAGAUACUCUUUAUGUAAUUAUUUUAUCUAUGGCAUAUACACGUCAAAUGAGAAACCAUUGAGAA